GCGAAAAUGAACUUUAUUUCCGCACACUUUUUGAACUUUUUAUUUGUUGCUGUUUUGUGGAAACGUUAACUACAUUUCUUAUUAUGGCUGGAAUAGGAAUGGCGAAUGAAACACAUCACGUGAUUGACACAGAAGUGUGUCAGUUAAAUGUGUUUGUACAGGGCAGAAUUAUGCCUUCAAAGCCUGUAUUUCUUACUUGCCAUGAUUUGGGCUGUAAUCACUAUCAAUACGAAGAAUUUGUGGUACAUUCAAAAAUGCUUCCAAUUAUGCAACGGUCGACAUGGGUUCAUAUUGAUUUGCCAGGUCAAGGAGAUGGUGAAGAAGAACUACCAUCAAAUUAUGUGUUUCCUCCGAUCAAUCGACUACCUGAUGCAUUUCGUGAUGUGCUAGCGAAUUUAAAAAUAAAGCAUGUGGUUCUUUUUGGUGAAGGUGCUGGAGCGAACAUUUUGGCACGGUUUGCAAUUGCUUAUGAUAAUCUUGUACUUGGGGCAAUAUUAAUUAACUGUACUGGAACACCGCCUACAUUUACUGAGUCACUUAGAGAUAAGUUAAUGAACUGGAAAUUAAGCUCAUCUGGUAUGAAUCCAGCCACUGAAAGUUUUCUAAUUGUACAUCGUUUCGGUUCGGUUGUUGAAACUGAGAGUGAAGUGGAGUUACGCAAUGCUGUUGAAAGUUUUCGUCAAAACUUGCGUCAUUCAAUUAAUCCGAAAAAUUUAAACAAAUUUAUCACAUCAUAUAUGCAGCGUAAAAACCUUUCAGAAAGUCUUCCCAGUCUAAAAUGUCCUGUAUUAUUGAUCACAGGAGCUUUAGCUUCACAUCAUAAAAAAUGUCGCCAAUUAUUUGAAGAUCUUGAAAAAAUACGUCGUGAUUCUGGUGGUCAAUCAGCUUCAAGUGAAUUUGUAAUGAUUGAUGAUGUAUCAAAUGUUCUGACUGAAAGACCGGAUAAGGUGGUCGACAGUAUGCAGUACUUUUUACAAGGAAUCGGAUUAUUAAGCAAUUUAAAAUUACAAAAAACACCAAUGCAAUUAAAUCGUCGAAUGUCAAUGGAAGAUUAUGAUCGACCAUUGGGUAAAACACAUUUUAUUAGUCGACUUUCACAACAAGUCCCUGAAGAGAAUACAACAUAAAGAAAAACAAUCAAUCUUAAUAAUAAUAAUAUUAAUAUUAAUAAUAAUAAUCAGUUUGUUAUAUUAUUUUUUUUCAUUUUAAUGUGUUCAAGUGUAUGACUUCCUUUUUCUCGGAUGAAAGAGUGACCUGAUGAUUGAUUUUUCUUGGCUUUGCUCGCUAAAUAAUUCAAAUGGUAUAUAUUUGUUUCUUUAUAGUUGACUUGUGCGCAUUUAUAAAUACAUAUACAUGUUUGUUUAUAACCAUUACGGGAUAAAAAAGAGAAGAUCUACUGUAACAUUGUAUACUGUAUUUUUAAGACUAGUAAUUGUACUACUUAUAUAUAUAUUACUAUCAUUACUAUUUUAAGUACCGUUCAACUUGUAUUUGGCGCACACAACAGGACAUAACAACAUGACAAAAUAUUGAAAAGAAAAUAACUUUUUUUAAAAGUUAUGCUUUAGCUAAAUAUUCGUUACAGUAAGGGAUAUAUAGAAUAUAUAUAUAUAUAUAAUGUAAACUGGAAAAUAACCAUCAUAUAAGAUUGUUAUAAAACGGAUCAGUUCUUCUUCUGAACCAGUUCAACUAUCAUUUCAAUUAGUAGUAGUAGUAAUAGUAGUAUAUCUUUAUUAUAACUUAUCAUAUUCGAUUCAUACUAUGCAUAUGUGGUAUUGUUAUUACUUUACAUUUAUUCUUCUCAUUUAUUAUUUUACCUUUGUAAUUCACUUUGUUCUUUUUUUUAAAAAAAAUCAUGUUCCUAUAAUUGAUCAUAAAUAGUAUUUGAUUUUAUGUUUCCUUUAGCUUUUAAUAUGGAACUAAAAUAAUAAAAUAAAAAAUUUAUUUAGUAUUAUUAUUUUUAGAGAGAGAGAGGAAAUUCACUCAAAGUAUAAUAAUACAUAUAUAAAUAUACAUAUAUCCCUAA